UCACAGCUCACAGUCACCCACCACCACCACGUUCAGUUAGCCAGCAGGCAGUUAGUACUUGUUUGGCUUGCACCUUGAUAGGUUGAUGCACAAAGUUCGGGAAUCGCGCGCCGCCGCCGUCGUUAUAGCGUGGUACUAUAUGUGACGUAGUUGUGAAGUCGGGGGUCUCCGCCGCGUCAUCAAUAUACCUUUUACCUGUUUACGUCGUUCAGGUACAUACGGUGUGGAACACACGAACGGACCUCAGAUAUUGAGGAUUUUGUGUGAUUGUGUUUGUGUUAUGUGGUUGAAGGUGGUGCAGAUCUUGUGAAGCGUCGCUGUCGAUUUGCCCUCAGAAGAUUGGAAAUUGCGUGAGAUCUGCCCAAGAAAGGGGCUUAGUGAAAUCGUUUGAAACAUGCUGAAUUUCGAUAGUGACGAGUGGAUCCAAUAACUUUCCCGAAAUGCGUCUGUCGGCCAGGAUUAAAUGCUUCAAAUAUCUGGUUUAUGCCUAUAUUGUUCUAAUUUCGAUUUGUGGUGGCGCCCAGCUGGUGAUUGGCGCGUUCCUGCUAUGGACUCACCGGCAGUAUUCGGCAAUAGUUAACGACCAGUUUUGGGAACCGUUCGUGGUCAUCAUCGUCUUGGGGCUGGUGGCCCAGCUGCUCUGCUACCUUGGGUGGACUUCGACGAGCAAAAAGCACCGAUGCUACUUAGGAACGUUCUGUGCAUUCCUGGUGAUACUGAUUGUGUGCCAGUUUCUGAUCAGCGGCUGGGCAGUCGCAACAAAACACCACAUUCUGACACCCGCCGAGCUGGCUAUCGAGACCAGUUUCGGUCAGUUCAUUGCCACGCCAGGUGCCAUCACCGAUCCGACGCACAUCUGGAACCGCUUGCAGCGGGAUCUACAAUGCUGCGGGAUCAACAAUGUUCACGAUUUCAAGAAGGAGCGACAGAAGCAGUUGGGUCUGCCCUGGUCUUGCUACAAUCCUGUGGACAGCAAGAUCUACGACGUUGGUUGUGCACACGUCCUGGUGAAAAGCAUCGAGAUGGACAUUAUCAAAGUCGCCAUCGUGGCGAUAUCGUCGGCGUUAAUACAGAGUCUUGGCAUCUUCUGCGUGAUCCAGCUAGUGAUGCUACUGAAGCGACCAAAGCUGACCCUCCCCAACGGACACAACCAGUCGCUACGGAUAAAGCGACCUCGGGAGCAAAUACCGCUAGCCAGCACAAUCGCUUCCACUUCCAGUGGUUUGACGGCCCACACGAUGACCGUUUCGUCGUUGGGUCCGAGUGCGCCAAUGGCGCACAGUAGUGCCAGCAGCACCCUGCAGAAGCCCCCGAUCGCACAGAAACCGAUUGUGCCGAAAAUCGAACACCCAAUCAUCAAGUAGCGGUACCGGAACCCGGUGGGCUGUAUUCUUUGAGUUGCAUUUCUGAACGAUUUUUAUUUCCUAGUUUCCGGUAGGUGAACGUUGUACGUGUAUGUACGAUCUAAGGUAUGUUGUAGAGAAUAAGGCACAAAAGUGACUUUCGAAUGCUCCUCGGAGGACUCAAAACUUAGACAUUUAGAUUUAAGGAGAAACCGGCCAUCUCGUCCAUUAUUGAUGUACUUAGAAACGCGUUGAUAAAAUUUUGUCGAUUUUAAUGAUAAACGAGAGUACUUAUCACUGCUAUGUUCGCGUUGAUGUAGAAGUGUAGCUUGUAAGUUUCCAUCGAUUCAGUCGUUAUCUCCUUUUACCACGCUACCACACACUGAGUCGAACUGUUCGUUAUAGAUUUACAGUGAAUUACACCUUCGAUUACCUAUUUCUAUAAGAUUAAAAUCCCGAAACUGAUUCAACGAUUCCGGAUACAAAAUGGACAAAACUUAUUUAAGUAGCUAUGGAUCAAGAAACAUUUUUAAUAAAACCUAAUAAUAUUAUUAUGAA